GGGCAGCAUUUGGUAUUCUGCUGGUCUUACUGUGGUUUUCCAGAGUUUGUCUUAGGUUUACAGACCAUGAGCAGUUAGCAGGACCAAAAGGCUCUUACAGUAAAGGCUUAGUUGGUUUCCCCUGAUUUAGCACAUGGUCUCAUGAUGUGAUUAGUUAAUUUAUGAUACAGUUUGCAAGUUCACUAUUAUGCUCCUUUGAUCUGUGGAACAGUCUGUAAGUGACUUCUUUUAUUGUUUGUCUUUUGUUUUCAAAGAGGACCAAUGACAUCUUGGGGUGAUGUCUUGACUCACUUGUGAAUUGGAUUAAAAUGAGGUAGAAUUGCACAAAAUUGGUCAACCUCUGUCUCACUUCCAGAGUCAUCGAAGUGUAGUAGCAGGACAAAGGAUAGUGUCCUAUUGUCAUUAUCAAUGGCCCAGGAUGCAGUGGAUGACCUUGGUGUCUGAUGUCUGACCAAGCUCUAUGGGCUCCAUAGCACCUGCUUCUGCCAUCUUCAUGGAUGUUAGAACAAACUGUUCUUAUCUGGCAUGCCACUGGAGGAAGUCAUCACAUGCUUGAGCCGGCAGGGGAAGCUGCAGCUGCAGAAAUGGUACUUGGCUAUGUCAGACAAGGAGAGGAAAAAGAUGGUCUGGGAGCUUAUGCAGGUCGUCCUGGCCAGAAAGCCCAACAUGUGCAGCCUCCAGGAGUGGAGAGACCUCAAAGUUGUCUGUAAGAGAUAUGCCAGCCUCUAUUUCUGCUGCGCCCUUGAGGAAGAUAAUGAGCUCAUCACACUGGAACUGAUCCACGGAUAUGUGAAGCUCCUGGACAAAUAUUUUGGCAGUGUAUGUGAAUUCGACAUCAUCUUCAACUUUGAGAAGGCCUACUUCAUCUUGGAUGAAUUUCUGAUGGAUGGUGGUAUCCAGGAUACCUGAAGAAAAGCUUUUUAAAGGCCAAUAAACAGAUCUACUACAGGAGGAAGAUGAGUCACCUUGAAGGGUCCUGGAGGAGGAAGGUUUGGCAUAGUUUCCUACCCCAGUGGGAGAGACACUGCAGGGCUGCCAUGCCUUGGCAGACAUGGCUGGUUGCUUCAAAGUCAUGGUCAUUCCUGAGAUAUCUUCCAAGUUUAGAUGGAUGACCCUAUCAUGGAGAAGGCGAAGUGUAACUCUGGGGCCUUUUGAAAGGCCCUAAACCAUCUCAUUGCUUUUUUGCAGUUAUUCACGUCUGGGUUUCUAGAUAAUAAACCUUUCUUUGUCUCUUUAAA